CUUUUUUUUUUUUUUUUUUAAUUCACACGAGAAGUUCGUGAUUCUACCGACAACAAUAUUAAGUUUAGAUAUUUCGCUUCAUAUUCCAAAAAAAAAAAAAAAAAACCCCUAUUUUUACUUCUCUGGAAGAGGGGGAAUAGCGAAGCUCUGGAUUCCACCUCUUCCCGUCCUUGGCGACGGUGCUUAUGCCGGUUUGUUUUCAGAUUGAGGUGGACUUGGAUUUAAAGGGAUUUAGUUUCCUUUACAAGACAUGGAACAAGUGUGCUUCUGGUCAAAUUGCUACCUUUUCCGGGUGUUUUCAGUCCAAGAAGUACUCGACUGGCGGUUUCUUGUCCAUGGAGAUUUUCUUUUGGUUUCCUUUGUCAAUUGCACUUAGUGCCCAGUCUCUUUUCAAUACUCAAUACGUGAGGCGCGAUGCAAGUUUUUUCUGAGAUAGAUGUUGGAUCUUUAGCGCACUUGUGCUAUGCAUUGCUGAUACAACAUCCAUUCAAAGAUUUUGGAAAACGCCUUCCAGGACUGAACUCUCCCAAUAGACAGUUGAAACUUGCUAAGCAUUAGCAGCUGUAGUUCUUAGUUAAUGUUCUGUUGUUGCUACUGAUGGGUUCUGGUUAGUGAUGAGAUGUUCGUUUACUGAGCAGUCUGCAACAGUUUCUGUUUAGCAUGGAUGAGUUAAUUGCAAUUAAGCCUUUUAACAGAGUGAUUUUAUCUUGAGCUUGGGAUCAUUCCUGUUGGCUGGAGCAAUCAUUCUGGUUGGUUCGUAUCAGUAUGUUUUGUGGAGCUCAUCUGUUUCUUCUGUUGAUGCCUUGUUUUCAUCUUGAAGCUGUGGAUUUAGUAAGAAAUAAGGCUGCAAAGCACAUCCACCAUAUUAGUUCUGUUUUUAUGUUAUUGCAUGUUGCUUGAGGAAAUUAAUGGUGGAUUUAGCUGACCAGCAAGGCAGUUUGUUUAUUUUUUAUGGUUUUUAAUACAAGCAAUCUUCUACUGAAGUUAAAUGUCACAUGUCUAUCGUUAGUUCGUAUACAUCUCUUAAAUAAAGGAAGGGCUACUUUUUGUUCUGCCAGAAAAUGGAGAGGUACAAGUUAAUUAAGGAAGUUGGUGAUGGAGCAUUUGGUAGUGUGUGGCGAGCUAUUAAUAAGCUGUCUGGUGAAGUUGUUGCAAUUAAGAAAAUGAAGAAGAAAUAUUAUUCAUGGGAAGAGUGUGUGAAUCUGAGAGAAGUUAAGUCACUGCGGAGAAUGAAUCAUCCCAAUAUUGUGAAGCUUAAGGAAGUCAUCAGGGAAAAUGACAUUGUAUACUUUGUGUUUGAAUAUAUGGAACGCAACCUUUACCAACUUAUGAAAGACAGGGGAAAGCUUUUUUCAGAAGUUGAAAUCAGAAAUUGGUGUUUCCAAGUCUUUCAAGGUCUUGCAUACAUGCACCAGCGUGGAUAUUUUCAUCGUGACCUAAAGCCAGAGAAUUUGUUGGUUACUAAAGAUAUAAUCAAAAUUGCUGAUUUUGGUCUUGCACGUGAAAUAAGUUCACAUCCACCUUACACAGAGUAUGUCUCAACACGCUGGUAUCGUGCCCCUGAAGUAAUUCUUCAGUCAUACUUGUAUACUUCAAAAGUUGAUUUGUGGGCGAUGGGUGCAAUCAUGGCUGAGUUGUUCACCUUACGCCCUCUUUUUCCUGGUACCAGUGAGGCAGAUGAAAUAUACAAAAUUUGCAGUGUGAUAGGUUCCCCAAUUAAGGAUUCGUGGCUUGAUGGGCUUAAUCUUGCAAGGGUUAUAAACUACCAAUUCCCACAGUUUGCUGGUGUGCCUCUGUCUAUGUUGAUACCGUCAGCAAGUGAUGAUGCAAUCAACCUUAUUACAUCUCUUUGUUCGUGGGAUCCUUGCAAAAGGCCUAGUGCUGCCGAGGCCCUUCAACAUCCUUUCUUUCAGAGUUGUUUUUAUGUUCCACCCUCUCUUCAUUCCAGAGCAGCUGUUUCUAGAACUCCUCUAUCUGUUGGAGUGAGAGGAACAUUGGAACAGCAAGCAGCCAGGAGGUAUUCUGGGGUUCUACCGACUGCAGAGCUCACUAGCAGUCUUUCUUCUCUGAAGACAAAUGCAUCUUUGGAUACAGGUGUACAAUGCAAGCUGGAUAUGGUUAAUAAUAAGAAUGAUAAAUCAUUGAAGAACUCUGCCAAACAACCAAGGUAUCGACCACCACAAAGAAAGAGUCCAACAACAUCCAUGAACAAGGAUGGAACUGCUAGCGGAACUUGUGAUGUAAAGGAGAAGUUUGCAAACAUGACAAUUGGAAAUCGCAGGCAGUAUGUUGGGCAAUUAAGGGCGCCAGCUAUGAAGACGGGUACAAUGGACUGCAGAAUCUAAGGACAUGUUUCUUAGACCAAACCAACAGUCUGGCAAAACUUUUACCAGAAAAGUAGCGGGAUGAGAUAGCCCAGCCUCAGGGUUUAUAAUAAUUGCAUUUCAUUGUAUAUGGAAUCAUGGAGUCCAAAUAUCAAAACUAGUGCUUUGGUUUGCCCUGUUUUGUGUGUUUUCCUAUCAGUAACCAUAUUAUUAUUACAACCAUGAGACUAGUUUGUUUCAACAUGUUGACCAGUGGUUGAUAAUAAAAUGCGAGUAUUUUCUUUCAAUAUCUUGAGUUUUAACAUGAUUGUUGGGUUGAAUCCUAUUUUCCACUAUAAAAACAUGUAAGUAUCAUGCUGCGCAGAUUUGGGUCAAUUUUAGAAAGCGAAGAUAGAUUCUGAGCAGGCCUAGGAUAUAGUUCCCAAAAAGAGAGGAAAAAAGAACACUAAAAGCCUUGUACUAUAUUGCUGCAUUGCCUUGAGCAACCAGUAAACCUUUUUAUAA